UAAAGAAAGAGAGGGAAGACCAAACUCUUAUGACACGAGAAUCGAAGAGAGAGACCAACCCUCUUCUCACUCUAUAUAAGAAACCUCAGCUCAAAGCCCCAAAGUUCUCUUUUUGGCAAAAGGUAUCGCCCUACAAAGCCUACCACUCAGGACCCAGACCGAGCCAUGUCACACCCUGACGAGCCCAGCCCUGGCUCGUCCAAGGCUCGAAGCCCGGCUCCAUUUUUGUUGAAAACAUAUGAUUUGGUAAACGACCCUGAAGCCAGGGAUAUUAUCUCAUGGAACCACGAGGGCACCGGGUUCGUAGUGUGGAUGCCUCAGGAAUUUUCGCAGAGUUUGCUGCCCAAAUAUUUCAAGCACGCUAAUUUCUCAAGCUUCAUUCGCCAGCUUAAUACCUAUGGUUUCAAGAAAGCAGCUUCAAACAGAUGGGAAUUCAAGCAUGAGAAGUUUGUUAAAGGUGGGAGGCAUUUGUUGAUGGAGAUCAGUAGAAAGAAGGGGGUCCCAAGUGUUUUCCCAGCCUUUCUAAAAGCAUGUGAUAAUACAAGGGUUUUAGAACAGGAUCUCUUGGAGGAGAACAAGAGUUUAAAGAUAGAGAGAGCUUCAUUGCAAUCUGAGAUAAACUACUUUAAAGGCCUUCAAAGGAAGCUGCUUUGUUGCAUUUCUGAGUGUGUGGAGAGAGGGAGGCUUGGAGAGUUGGACUUUGAAUUGAUAAGAAACUCCUUUCAACAAUGAAAACUACAAAGAGUCUGGCAAUAAAACUUGUUAAGCCUUAGACUGGAAGGAUAAUAGUACCCUUUAAGACAAGAUGAGUAGUGGGAGAGAUGGCCUUUCUCUCUCUAUAUAUAUAUAUAUAUGAAAAAAAUUCAUACAAGGGCGUGGUCCUAAACAAUCAAAG